AUGGUCGUCAACCGGAGGAGCUGCACCUACGUCUUUGACUUAGCGACGCUUCUGCCAUCUAAGCUGCUGACGAAGACGACAAAAAUGGAACCGUCAGCUGAACAGCAGCAAACGGCGCAGGCCAAGGGCGGCAAGACUGCGGUUUUACGAGCUGCUUCGGGCAAAGCGAUGGCCAUAAUGAACAGCUUCGUGGCCGACAUCUUGGACCAUAACGGCGAAGAGGCAGCCAAGCUUUGCAUCUGUUCUCACCGCAGCACUAUCACUGCGCGUGAGAUACAGACCGUGACGCGGCUGCUGCGGCCCGGUGAGCUGGCCCGCAAUGCUGUCUCUGAGGGAACCCAAAGCAGUCAGCAG